AUUGGGGCGGGGGGUCAGCUGAAGGGAGAAAAGUAGGUUAAACUGGCGCACGGUGCUGUUUGGUUAACUGGGAGAGUGUCUCACAUCCUCGCCACUUGGACACUCACUGCCAACUCUUUCCUUCUUCGCUUUCUCUUGGUAAACCGGAGUGUUCCCUUAGAGUCAGUGUGAGCACUAUUUCCCAUCCUAACCGUUAAAGCUAACCCUCGCUCAAGAUUAAAUAUAAUGAUUUCAUGGAGCAACCUUCCGUGAAUUCCCCGGUGGUUGGAAACGAAGCGGGGCAAAACAAAGCUUUGCUGAAGAGUAGAGAUAUGAAUCAAUGUUCUUGCACUGGUUCGCUCAUUAUAAGAAAUUAGUUUAUAAACAAAACUUCUGGUAUAAUGCUGAUCUUUGAAAUAGGCCUUUAAACCAGGUUCAGGUAGGUUUUAAGCCUUUUGAAUCCAAAGCUUUGGGAAGGAACGCAGAAAAAAAAGUUCUGCUAAAGAAUGACUAAGGUGACUGAUUGCCAUGCUUCUAGAUGCAUUAUCUCACAGUCAGCCACAGGAAAUUAAAUUUAAUGUUGCAGAACUUCAAGCAGCAGUCAGAACCUGUCCCCGUGCCAGAUAAUGGAUCCUCCUGCCCCUGAAGAGUGUUUUCAGGCACUAAACCAUGCAGAACAAACCUUCAAAAAAAUGGAGAACUACCUCCGACAUAAGCAGCUAUGUGAUGUAGUGCUUCUGGCCAAUGACCGAAGGAUUCCAGCCCACAGGCUAGUUCUGUCUUCAGUUUCAGACUACUUUGCUGCAAUGUUCACAAAUGAUGUAAGGGAAGCUAAACAGGAAGAAAUAAAAAUUGAAGGUGUGGAUUCAAAUGCAUUAUGGGCAUUAGUUCAAUAUGCCUACACAGGGCGUUUGGAAUUAAAAGAAGAUAAUAUUGAAUGCCUGUUGUCGACAGCCUGCCUGUUACAAUUAUCUCAGGUUGUUGAGGCAUGCUGUGGUUUCCUGAUGAAGCAGCUUCACCCUUCCAACUGUCUCGGAAUUCGUUCAUUUGCAGAUGCACAAGGCUGCACUGACCUGCAUAAAGUGGCUCAUAAUUACACCAUGGAGCACUUCAUGGAUGUGAUAAGAAAUCAGGAGUUUCUACUACUGCCAGCAAAUGAAAUAGUUAAGCUGUUGGCUAGUGAUGAUAUGAACAUACCAAAUGAAGAAACUAUAUUGAAUGCAUUGCUUAGCUGGGUGCGGCACGAUGCAGACAACAGACAAAAGGAACUCAGCAAACUGCUGGCAUACAUCAGACUCCCUCUCCUCUGUCCUCAGUUUCUUGCAGACAUGGAGAACAAUGUGUUGUUUAGGGAUGACAUUGAAUGCCAAAAACUAAUUAUGGAAGCAAUGAAAUAUCACCUGUUACCUGAGCGUCGCAACAUGAUGCAGAGUCCUCGCACUAAGCCUAGAAAGUCAACUGUGGGAGUACUGUUUGCAGUUGGAGGAAUGGAUGCAACAAAAGGUGCCACAAGCAUUGAAAGAUAUGACCUUCGUUCCAAUACUUGGACACAUGUUGCCAAUAUGAAUGGGAGACGAUUACAAUUUGGUGUGGCAGUUCUGGAUGACAAACUUUAUGUCGUGGGAGGUAGAGAUGGAUUGAAGACUUUAAAUACAGUAGAGUGCUACAAUCCAAAAACUAAAAGCUGGAGUAUCAUGCCCCCCAUGUCUACACAUAGGCAUGGCCUCGGAGUGGAAGUUCUGGAGGGACCCAUGUAUGCAGUAGGUGGACAUGACGGUUGGAGCUAUCUAAAUACAGUUGAGCGAUGGGACCCACAGGCUCGGCAGUGGAACUUUGUUGCCAGUAUGUCAGUGCCACGAAGUACAGUUGGUGUAGCAGUACUUAAUGGAAAACUUUAUGCUGUUGGAGGUCGAGAUGGAAGUUCUUGCCUUAAGUCCGUAGAAUGUUUUGAUCCCCACACCAAUAAAUGGACCCCCUGUGCCCAGAUGUCUAAAAGACGAGGCGGUGUUGGAGUUGCAACAUGGAAUGGUUUCUUGUAUGCCAUUGGGGGACAUGAUGCACCAGCAUCUAACUUGACUUCAAGAUUGUCUGACUGCGUAGAGAGAUACGAUCCAAAAACUGAUACUUGGACAGCAGUGGCUCCAAUGAGCAUUAGCAGAGAUGCAGUUGGUGUGUGCUUACUUGGUGAUAGGCUCUAUGCAGUUGGGGGAUAUGAUGGGCAGUCAUAUCUAAACACUGUGGAAGCCUAUGAUCCUCAAACUAAUGAGUGGAUGCAGGUUGCACCAUUGUGCCUUGGAAGAGCUGGAGCAUGCGUGGUCACUGUUAAACUCUGAUUUCCUUUGAAAUAUAAACCAUCCAAUAAAUCCAUUAAAAAUAAUGUGACAUCUCUUGAACAUGACUUCAAAAUGAAAGAAAGCUGAAAGAUCCCACAAAUUCCUAAUUGUACUUCCCCACCCAAAAAUGAGUGUCCAGAGAAAACCAUACCUUGUGUAGGAAAUAACAGGUUUCAAUUGAUGUGCAUUUAAAGAACACCCAACUGAUGAUCACAUCAACAAUAAUAGAGGCUCAAACUUUAUGUUGAAAUGCUCCAAGUCUUUUUUUAGGAUUAAUUCUGAUUUUUUUAAUCUUCUUGAUUCACUGCUAAAAGAAUUUGAUUAAGCAGAAAUCAAUUAGUAGAGAAGAAAUGUACCUGUUUAAGAGAUCAACGUCUAUUGUAAUUCUGUAAUAGUUAUGUGGUAGCUUUUGUUCUCCUUUCAUCAUUCCUCAAAAUACUGAGAUACUGUCUGUACUUGGAAUUCCUAUUCUCCAAUCAGUUUCUGAUGGUGCAGUGUAAAAAUACUGUAAUUGUUAAUUUAUUUUCUUUAAGCAGUGGAGAUUUUACUUCCAUCAGAUGGAAAAGGCCAUGUGGUGUAACCAUGAAGAAAAUAUUAAAACUAUAAACUGAAUACAAAUUCACUGAGUACACACUGUAAAGCUAAUUUUCCCCUUUUGCAAGCAGUGCACAUCAGACACUAAAAUUACAACAGUGAUAUAAGAUGUUGUAUCUGGCCUGCCUCAUUUUUCAUCCAUUAAUUUUACUGGACCAAAGAUGAGGUAGUGGCACCAGAUAGCCUAAUGAACAUUACAGCACAGUUAUCGAUCAUUAAUGCAAAAC